AUGGCAUCUUCAAAGACAUAUUUAGCCAUAGCUCUUGCCGUCCUAGCAUGAGCCACCCUGGCUGGGUCCAUGGAUCUCUUCUCAGAGCUUGGAAUUAACGGUCUUGAAGGAUUUGGAGGCUUUGGACAUCAUAACCAAGAACCUGUAGGGCCUGAUAUUAACCUCAAAAUUAGAAUUUCUCUAGAAGAUGCUUAUAAUGGUAAAACUGUAGAAAUUGCUCAUAAUAAACAAGCUUUGUGUCCUCAUUGUCGUGGAUCCGGAGCUGAUUCAGAGCACGAUCUUGAUACAUGUCCCAGAUGUAGAGGACAAGGAACUAUCAUGCGUAAGAAGCAACUAGCUCCUGGAUUUGUGCAACAAUUCCAAGAGCACUGUAAUAAAUGUAAUGGAGAAGGUAAAAUUAUCAAGAAGCAGUGCCAUGUAUGCCAUGCGAAUAAAGUAAUGCAAGCUUUUGAAAUCUUUGAAGCUGAUAUUGACAAAGGUGUCGAUCAUGGACAUGUCUAUGUCUACGAAGAAGCUGGUGAUGAAUACCUCAAUGUAAAAGCAAGCCCGAUUAAUAUCAGAGUAGAAAUUGCUCCUCACAAGGUAUUUCAGAGAGAAGGAGAGGACCUCAGGACAACAGUAAAGAUAUCUCUAAAAGAAGCAUUACUCGGUUUUAGCAGAACUCUCAAACAUCUUGAUGGUCAUGAGGUAAAGCUUAACAGGGUUUCCACCACAAGACCAGGGUAUACACAGAAGAUCAUUGGAGAAGGAAUGCCUCACUUUAAUUUUAAUGUAGAAAGAGGUGAUCUGUAUGUAAAAUAUGAGGUUGAAUUCCCAAACAAAUUGAGUGAGGAACAGAAAGAGCUAUUUAGAGAAUUCUUCAGCCAGGAAUAG